AUGAGAGUAUCAAAUUUAAUUGUUUUUCUCAAAAAUGGAAAAGUAAAUAAAAGAGGAAAACAAAAUCCCCCGUGUUUUUUAUUUUUGUGGAACAGGUAUGAAAGUACAAGGGUAGUUUCAAAAAAAGAGGAAGCCUCAAAAAAUGAAAGUAACUAUAAUAUAAAUAAUAAAGAAUGUAGUGAAAAUAAGAAUAAAUACGAGAGUACUGAAAUAUGUCCUUAUUUUGAAGAAAAGAAAAAUGGGAAUAUAAAUAAAAAUGAUAGUUAUAUAAAAAUGAGUAAAGAAUUAAAUGAAAAUCUAAAACAACCUAAUUUUAGUAGUAAGACAUAUGAUAUAUUAAAAUAUUAUGAUGAUAAUAAGAAUAUAAUAAGAACAACUAGAUAUAUAUUAAAAGAACAUAUUAAUUAUAAUAUAUAUAUUAAAGAAUUAAAUAUGUUUUAUAAUUAUUUUUACAAUGCUUAUCCUUUUUUUAUAACAAAAUAUGUAAAUUAUAUUAAAGAACAAAUAUUAUUGAACUAUAAUGAUAAUAUGAAAAUAAAUACAUUUUUUAGUAAUUAUAAAAAUAAUGAAAAUAUAAAAACGUUUUUGUCCUUAUUUCAUUAUUUUAAUGAUAAGAAUAAUCUAUUUAUAAAUAAUAAUAAUAAUAAUAUACAAAAAGUUAUUUUAAAAAGCUUACAUUGUCCAAAUAAUGUUACACAAUUUUUAAGAGGAUUAAAAGAUAAUAUAUAUUUUAUUAAUAAUAAGAAUAAAAAGGAUUUAUUACAAAUAAAGAAAAUGUUUUGUGAAAAAAUAAUAGAAUGUAUUGAUAAUAUUAAUGAUAUAAAUAAAAAAAUAGAAAUCUUAUUAUAUCUUUCUAAUAUAUGUGAUAAUGAUAAAACAUAUGAUUUUCCAUAUAUUAUACAUAUUAAUAAAAAAAUAGAACAAAUUUAUGAAGAAUUAAACAAGAAAAAUAAAAAAACGGUAGAAGAUCAAUAUAUGAUGUUCUUAUUAUAUAAAGAAUAUCUUUCAUCAAAGAAUGAAAAAUAUGGUAAAAUGGAAAUAAAAAAUUUUCUUUCUCAAGAAUUAUCAUUUUAUAACUUUCUAAAAAAUGAAAAUAUUAAUAUAUGUUUACUAAGUUUAAUAUAUCGUGAUUUGUCCUUUUUAAAUAAUUAUGAAAUUAAAUAUGUUUUGAUGAAUUUAGUGUACUCAAAAAUAAGUAAUUCAGAAUUUUUUCUUUAUUCCUCUAAAGAGGAUUUUUUAAAUAAUAAAAAAAUCAAGAGUCAUGUCCUAUUCAAUGAACAUAAUAAUAGCAUAAAUAUAAAUGAAAAUAAUAUAUCACAAAAGGAAAAUUAUAAAUUAAACGAUGAUGAUAAUAAUAAUAAUAAUAUGAAUAAUAAUAUGAAUAAUAAUAUGAAUAAUAAUAUGAAUAACCAAAUUAAUCAUAAUAAUAAUAUGUUAAAUAGUGGAAUUCGUAAUUUCUUUGCGAACUCUUUGUUGAGAAAUAAUUUCUUUGCCUCUCUUAAAAAUGAAGACAUGACACAUUCAUCAAAUAUAUUAAAUUAUUAUUCUCAUAAUGUAAAUAAUACAAAUAUACAUAACUACGUUUUUUAUAAUAUACUCACUUCUAUUAUACAAUUAAAUGAAUCACAGAAAAGAUCGUUUGAUGUAAUUUUGUUAAAUAAAAUGAAAUUAUUUUUAUUACAUAACCAAAAACAUAAUCAUUAUCAUCUAAUUCCAUAUAUUUUAAAGAUUAAAGAAAAUGUAGAUCAUAUGAAUAACUUCUUAUUUAUGAAUAAUAUAUUUUUAAUAAAAUAUGUGUUAAAAUAUAAACAUAUAUUUUCAAAGAAUUUAUAUUUAUAUAUACUUAAUGUUUUUUGUAAUACAAUUCAAAUGAUUAAGAAGUGCGAUAAUUUUACAGAUAUAAAUAAAAGAAAUAUAAGCUUAUUAAAUGAUUGUAAAAAAAUUAUUAAUUAUUUUAUAAAUGAAAUAUAUUAUUCUAUAAAUCUAUAUACAUUAAAAGAAUUUAUACAAUUCGUUAAUUUGUUGCAUAAAUUCCCUUCAAACUUUACAUUCGAAAUUAAAAAUAAUAUAUAUCUUCAAAAUGGGAAUAAAAUGGAAACUAUAAAUAAAUGUAAUAUAUAUAAUAAUAAUAAUAAUAAUAAUAAUAAUAAUAAUAAUAUAAUGGAUAUAACAAAUAUUUUACAUUUUAAUGAAGAAUAUAUAAAUAACAAAUUUGAUAAUAAUAAUAUCAAAAUUGAUAAUAAUAUAAUAGAUAAAAAUCUAAACAUAGAAUCAGAUAUAAAUGAUAAUAAAAAUAUAAUUAAUUCUAACAUUAGAGAUAAACAAAAUAAUGUUUUAUACUCUUCAAUUUUAAACAAAAAUAACUUUAAAACAAAAAAAAAAAAUACACACUCUAUUAUUAAUAAAGAUGAUUUUAUUAUACUAAUAUCAUUAUCAAUUUUUAACGAAAUUAAUGAGGAAUUUAUAUUCAAAAUUAAAGAAAAAGAAAAUGAUAUACUUAAAAAUAACAAUAUACAACAUCAAUAUCAAAUAUAUGAAUAUAUAAUUCAGAAUCAUUUUAUUCCCUUUGUUAAUAAUACUUCAAAUUAUCUUCAUUUAUUAAAUCAAAAAUAUGAUGAAAAUACAAGAGAGCAAAUUAUGAACUAUUUUAUCAUAUUUACAUAUAUUAACCAAUUGGAUAUAUCAGAAAUAUGUUCACUAGUAAAUAUAAUACAUAAAAUAAAUAAAUUCCAAUCUUUCAUAGACUUUUACAUAUCUAAACAUGUACAAAAAAUGCUCAAUGAAAAAUGGGAACAUAUAAUAUAUUCCAAAAGAAGUGCGAAGAAAAAAGAUUUGGUUAAUUAUGAAUUUGAUGAAAAUUAUUUGGACGAAUAUAUAAGUAGAAUGAAUAUUGAGAAAAGUAUAAAUAAAGUGGAAAAUAUAAACAAUGUGGACAACACAAACAAUGGAGACAACACAAACAAUGGAGACAAAACAAAUAGUGUGAGUCAGAAUGAACCUGUUUUAUCCUCCCAUUUUGAGCAAAUUAAUUUAAAUACACAUUUUAUGUACACGUCCAACUUUGAAAAAUAUUAUUAUGAUUAUGACAUGAACACAAGUAUUAUUAACUUGUUCAUAUUAUUAAAUGAAAAAAGCCAAACUAGAAAUAUGCUUGCAACAUUUUUACCUUACAUAGAUUAUAAAAAAAUUAAUAUUUUUAAAAUUAAUUUAAAUAAAUUUUUUUCUUCAUCUUUUAUAAAUAAUGAAGCAAAUAAGCAAAAGGAAAAUAUUAUAAAGGUUGAAGCGUUAAAUGAACGAUAUAAGGACAAAUUAAAGAAAAUUAAUAAUUUGAACACCUUCCAAUUAGAUAAUAAUAAUGAUACCAUAUGCAAUAAUAAUAAUUAUUACAAUAGUAGUUGUGGAAAUUAUAUUAAUAUAUUGAAUGGGUUAUUUGGUGAUACUUUUAAUAUAAACAAAAAUGAACAUAACCAAAAUAUUAAUAAUAAUUAUGAAGAAUAUACACUUAAUCAUCCUGUCAUAUAUAAUAUUCUACAAAGUCGACUAAAGUAUAAUAUCAAUUUGAAAAAUUAUUUAGAAAAUAAUGAGAAGGACACUUCAAAUGAAGAAAUAAAACAAUUCAUGAAGCAAGAAAUGUUAUCAUUACAAAAUAUAACAAGUUUGAUAAAUUAUAUAAAUAAUAUAAAAGAAAAUGAUCCCAAUUAUGAUAUUAACCAUAAUAUUAUGAAUAAUAUAAACAAUUUUAAUAAUACGAAUUGUGUUAAUAAUAAUGAUAACAAUAAUUAUUCUUCUAUGCAUAUGGAUCUUUUAAAUUUAGCCUUAAAGAAUCUCAUUUUUUGUAAAAAUGAUAUUGUUGAUAUUAAGAGCUAUAGAAUGAUAUCUAAUGUGUUAUUAAAUAUAAAUAAUAUUUAUCAAAAAAUAUAUAUAUCAUCAAAAUAUUCAUAUUUAAAUAUACUUAUAAUGUAUUAUAUUAAACGUAUGGAAAGGUUUUUACCCUUUUUUAACUUGCAAGAUUAUUUACAAAUAUUACAAAUAUAUAUAAAAUAUAAUUUAUCUAAAAUCUAUAUGAAAUAUUUAUAUAUUUUAAAUAAUGAAUUAAAUAAAAUAAAUAUAAAAAAUAUUAAUUAUCCUUUUGUUCAUAUCAUCUUAUAUUUCUAUUUCAAAUUAAAUUAUAUAAAUGAAACCUUUGUAUUUAAAUUACUAAAUCAUUAUAUCUCUUCAUUAAACCAACAACAACAUUAUAUGGAUUCAUCCAUUAUACGUAAUCUAAUAAAAACUAAUGAUGUCUUAAUUAAUUUAUGUGUAAAAAACAAGGAUGUACUUUAUUUUAAUUAUAUGAUUUUACAAAAAUAUGGUAAUUUUAAGGAUAAUUUAGAAUUAGAGGAGAAUGUAGAAAUGGACCAAAAGAAUAAUGCAGUACUUGAACAAAAUAAUAUGGACCAUAUAAAUGAACAUAUUACAUCGGCAAUUAAAAUAAAUGAUAAUAGCUCAAGUACAAAUGAUACACCAUCAUCUUUUCAGUCUAAGGAACAGAAAGAACAAAAUAUAAAUAAGAACCAUUUAGAAAACAAUACAAAUAAUAAUAAUAAUAAUAAUGAAAAUUCUCAUUAUAUGGAACAAAAUAAUGAAAAUACAAUAAACUAUAAUUCCUACACAAUGCAUUAUAAAAACUUGGAAGGAAAUCAAAACGAAUCUACUACUUACGAAGAAAUAGAUAAUUCUCCUUAUAGUACAAGUGAUAUUAAUUAUAAUUCCAAUAAAAUUAAUAAAAUCAAUAAUGCAAAUAAUAGUGUUCAGAAAAAUAUUGUUACAUCUAAAUUCGAAUUAUCAUUAAACCAGAAAUUAAAUAUUAUAUAUUUUCUUUGUAAAUUUCAUUUUUAUAAUGAAACAAUAAAAAAGUUUUAUUUGCAAGUAAUAAACGAAUGUAUAAAUAAUAAAAAUUCUAACAUCAAUGAUGAAGAUUAUUGUAAAUUAUAUGAAAUUUAUGUACAAGUUAUACUCAAUUUUUAUUUUCUUUCAUUCAAUAAAAAUAAUAAAUAUAUUAAUUAUAUCUUAAGCAAUUUACCAUGUUAUUAUUGGUACAAAAGGGAAGAAGAUAAAUUAAAUUUUUUUAUAUCAUCAAAAGAAUAUAAUAAUAUAUACCAUAUACUCAAAUUGGUAAAUUUACCUUUUCUCGUACCUACAUUGACCGAAAUUUACUUUAUUCAUUUUUUUAAUGAUUCAAAAAAAGAUAAUUACAAUAAUCAUAUACCAAAUAAUUGUUUGCAUUAUUAUCAAAAAUAUAACUUGCUUAUUGAUGAUAUCAAAAAUAAGAAUAUUGCAAUAUUAUGUGUUCCAGAGGAAAACGAAUUACGAGAUGGAAAUAACAGUAAAAGGAUAUUAAUGAAUGAGAGUUAUUAUAUUUAUGAGAAUAUUAAAAAGACCUAUGCAACUUCAUUGUUAUUUCUAAGUGAAUGGAAAGGCUUAAGUACAGAAGGAAAAUGUGAUUACAUUUUAAAAGUUAUUCAUUCAGCAGUAAAUAAUUAA